GUAGUGGUGUGGAUUGUACUAUUGUAGGUGAGCAUGGCUAUGUAUACGAAUUUAUGCUAGUUUGUAUGGUUAUCAUUUACAUAAGACUUCAGGUAUUCCUUUAGUGUCGAGUGGCUUCUUUUCAGGGCGCCCUGCGUUUGAGGAUGGUAGGGAGAGGAUCAGUUAUUUAAUUAAAAAAAAUUGACAAGUUCUUUUAAAUAGUUCGGCGGUGAAGUUGGUUCUCUGAUCAGUGAGUAUUGAUUUCGGGAUACCAAAUAAGGAAAUGAAAUGGAUUAAACAUUCGCAGGACUCCUCUGCGGUAGCAUUAGAGAUUGGGUACGCAAUGGAAAAUUUGGUCAAAUUAUCUUGAAGAGUGAGAAUGAAUUUAAGCUUUAAAAUGCCAGCUUCAGGCAAGAGAUCAACGAGAUCGAGGCUAAUCCUCUCAAAGGGGCGAAUAGAGCUAGUGGUGAUUUGCAUGGGGGAUUUUUUGAUCUUGCGCAGAGCUUUAUUUGACUGAUACAGUUUACAAUUAUUAACGUAGUUUUCGAUGUCUGAACGCAUAUUUCUCCAGUGAUAACGUUCUUUGAUCCUGUUUAACAUUCGGUUGGAACCGAGAUGACCGGCGAUCGGAAUAUCAUGUUUUUCUUUUAAUAUUCUAGAAAUUUCUGUGGGAUAGGAUAGAUGAUAGUAUCAUCAGGAUGAUAGUACGGAUCCGACAUCGUGAUUUGAUGCGUCACAGGUUAGAAGGAAAGGUUGAGAGAAAUCUGGAUAGGCGAGCACAGGGGCAGUAGUGAGUUUUUGUUUUAAGAGAUCGAAUGAUAUCUGUUGUUGAUUCUACCAAUUGAAUGGAGUUUCUUUCUUUAGUAAAGAAGUAAGGGGUUUAGCAAUUUUCGAAAAAUCGGGAAUGAAUUGGCAAUAGUAGAAAACGAGACCAAGGAAGAAAUUAAUGUCUUAGGGAUCUUAAGGGAUUAGAAUGUGUAGGGAAUUCAACGAUUGCUUUUAUUUUGUCUGGGUUAGGUUUGACUCCGUCAGUGGAGAUUGUGUGCUCUAAAUAAGCGACUUCUCGUCGUAGGAACUCGCACUUGUCAGGUUGUAGUUUGAGAUUGAAAUUUCUGAGUCUCUGGAAGAUUUCAGCGAGGCUUUGGAUUUGUGUUUUCAAGUCAGAGGAAUAGCAGACGAAUCAUGUCAUCUAAAUAUACGAAACAGCGUAGACCUUGCAGACCGAAUAGAGUCGUAUUCAUUAGACGUUGGAAGUAAGAGGGUGCGUUUUUGAGUCCAAAGCUCAUCCUUGAGGGACACUGAAGGCUAUUUUUUCAGGUUGAUUUACGAGAAUUUGAUGGAAUCCGGAGGCUAAAUCUAAAGUAGCGAAGUAUGUACUUUUUCCUAAUUGGUCUAGGAUUUCGGUAAUUUGUGGAAUUAUAUAGGUAGGUAUCUCCGAUGGUUAUAUCAUUCAGUUUUCUAAGUCUAUAACUAUGCGCCACUUUUGUUGGCCUGAUGCAUCGAGUUUCUUUGGUACAACCCAAAUGUGUGAGGUCCAAGGGGAUAUUGAAGGUCAUUAUGAUGCCUUGUUCUAGCACUUCAUUAAUUUGUUUAUCUACUUCCCUCGUUCUCGGGGAAUCUAUAAGUUUUUGUAUGAAUUGGAACUUCUGAUGUGGUUUUAAUGUCGUGUUGAAUAGCAUUAGUAUAUGUUAGUUUUUCAUUAGGAUGUCGGAAUAGUCUGUGCAAAGUUCUAUUUCUUCUUUAUUUAAAUGGGAUAUGCGUAGCAUGCUUAGUACUUGUUUUGUUCUUUGGAUUGAAUUUGUUUCAUUGGAAUUAGCAUAAUUUAUAAUGUUGGAUUUAUUCGUGUGAUAUUUAGGGAUAGUGUCAAUAGGAUCGAGUCUUAAUUUCAAAUUAUUUCUUAACGUUAUAUCGAAUUCGGAGAUAUUGACUACAGUGAUGUUGGCUCUAUUGUUUGACUAUGUUUUUACGACACAGUUAGCUACUAAGAGAUUAUCAGAGAUAUUUUGAUCUAGGAUGAGACCUUCUUUUAAUUCUGGAUUGGCAAUGGAACAUUCCACGACGACUUCGGAUCUAGCAGGUAGGUAUAAUAAGGUUAGGUUCAAGGAAUUAAAAAAAAAAAAAAAAAAGUUCAUGGAAUUGGAGUUUGAAGUUUAGGUCGCCAAGGGUGAGUAUUUCUUUGGAGUAAUCGAUUUGGGAAUUGAAUGCAGAGAAGAAAUCGUUACCUAUAAUUCCAUCAUAAGGGAAGUCUAGGUCUGGGUUUAAAUAAACCGGUGUUGUGCUGCCAGAAUGUUGAUUAGGAAGUGGCCUAAAGAGUGUAUUACGUUCUCUGAUGACCCUUAACCGUUGAACGCGAUUACUUCUUUUGUGAUUUUUGGCAUUUUUUGAAUAGACGUUGUGUUGAGUUGGGUAAUCUAUGUUAUAGGUAUAAUCUGUGUCAUUGCAUUUUUCCCUCCAUUACUGCUGCAAAAUUUAUACAGAUUGUUUGUCUCUAAAAAGUUACGUUUAAUAAAUUCUAUAAAACUAUCCAAGUUAUUAUUUAAAUACGACAAAGUGGGUGAACAAACGUAUUUUGGUCCUUAUCGAACCGGAUUUGCAACAAACUCGAGUGUGUUUAACUUGAAUUGACUUCGACAAUAUGAGCAAAAUCACAGAAUUUAUCAAUAUUCUGGAGGAAAAAGCUGAUCUGAUAUUAAAAUGCACGACAAACAUUAAAAAAUGUCCAAAGACACGUAUGACGAAGGGGUACGUAGAAACGAGGUUGAAUACCAUCGAAGAUUACUGGCAAAUAUUUAAAGAAACACACGACACUCUUGUGAAGUCCCUCACCAAAGAAAAAAGAUCGGAUAUAUUAUAUUUCAAAGAAAAUGUGUACAGCAAUAUUGAAGAAUUAUAUAUGGAUUCAACAUCAGAUUUGAAGGAUACUUUGUCCAAUUUCGUACAAACUGCAGGUACCCCCACACCAAUUAAACAACAAGAUUUGAAUAUAAAAUUACCCCAUAUACAAUUACCUACGUUUACUGGACAUUAUGAUGAUUGGCCAACCUACAACGACAUAUUAACUUCACUUGUUCAUCACAAUAUCACAUUAUCUAAAGUUCAAAAAUUACAUUACUUAAAGGCAAGUGUUGCUGAUGAAGCGGCUUCUCUACUCAAACACAUAUCGGUGACUGAAACCAAUUACGAACAGGCAUGGGACAUUUUAAAACAGAGAUAUGGUAAUAAGAAACUAAUUGUUACUUCACUUUUAAGAAGAUUGUUUCAACAACCAAAAAUAAACACACCUAAUGCCAUUCAACUAAAAGGAUUAUUAGAUACUACAACUGAAUGCCUGAGUAGCCUACAAAACCUUAACUUACCUGUUGAGUCAUGGGAUUUAAUUAUAAUCUACAUAAUUGUGCAAAGACUGGAUCCUGAAACACAUAAAGCAUGGGAAGAGUAUAGUUUCCAUAGAAUAGUUUCCAUAGAAAUAGUGAAGACCUACCUACUUGGCAAGAAAUGAAAAACUUUCUAGAUUGUAAAUUUAGAACAAUGGAAUUAGUAACAUACACACCUCAAACAAAAGAAUUGAAAUCUUAUAAACAAAAAACAUUCCAAAUUUCCACAACAGAAAAGAUCUGCAUUAAAUGUAAAGAAAAUCAUACCCUUUGUCAUUGUGAAGAAUUUAUUAAACUGUUACCAGAUGAACGAAUUGGUUUUGUGAAGAACAAGAAUUUAUGUUAUAAUUGCUUACUACCAGGACACCCAGUGUUUAAAUGUCGACUCAGAAUAUCAUGCAGAAUUUGUGGUAAGACACCAUUCGUUACUACACAAAACAAUCAAUGGAUUAGAGACAAACUAUAAACAAGUUGAAGACACAAACAUCCAACCAGGCCCUAUAGAGGAUAAUGAUGCAGACGUUGCUAUACUGUCGCAUAUGGCGACAAAGAGGUCCACAGCAUUGUUGGCCACAGCAUUGAUAACUGUUAAGAAUAGUACAGGACAUUAUACAGUAUUGCGCGCUUUAAUAGAUCAAGGGUCACAGGCUAAUUUAAUUAGUGAAAGAGCAGCACAACUUUUGAAAGUCAAAGAAACACCCACUAAGGGGACAAUCACUGGAGUUGGAUCUACACAAACGGAAGUAAAUCUGGCAGUCCAGCUUGAAAUAUUAUCUAGAUACCAAUGCAAUUUCAAGCUCAACGUGGAAGCAUAUGUGAUGCCUUCACGUUUAACAACAUACUUACCGUCCACAACUAUUGCCGACUCCACACUCACCUGGUCACAUUUGAAAGGUCUCAAGCUGGCAGAUCCCACCUUUAAUCAACCAGGGAGAGUUGAUAUGCUUCUAGGUGUAGAAGUAUAUGCAGCCAUUCUGAAAAAUGAAAUUAUUCGAGGUCCUCCUGGCUCUCCAUGCGCACAACAUACAAGUUUUGGAUGGAUUCUCUUUGGAAAGAUACACAAUGACAUUGAAGAAAGGAAAAUAACAGUUAUGUACCACCACAUGGAUUUUGAUGAACUGUUACACACACUAUGGGAGUUAGACUGUGAUAAUCAAAGAAAACUUACACAAGAAGAGGAACUCUGUGAGAACAUUUAUUAUGAAAAUGUUAGGAGAGACAAUGAAGGAAGAUACAUUGUGAAAUUACCUUUUAAAUCAGAUGUCAUACUAAGUACAGAAGGUAAUACCAGGGAUAUAGCACUAAGAAGACUAACACAACUAGAGAGAAGAUUACAGAGAGACAUGAAGUUAAAGACAGAAUACACUAAAGUGAUGCAAGAAUAUAUGGAAUUGAAUCAUAUGGAAGAAGUACCAGAAGAAGAAUUAAGGAAACCCUCUGUCUACCUUCCUCAUCAUGCAGUUGUAAAGGAUACAAGUGAGACUACCAAAGUAAGAACUGUGUUCAAUGCCUCCUCAAUGGGAUCUAAUAAUAUUUCCAUUAAUGAUGAGUUACUAGUUGGCCCACAAUUGCAAGAAGACAUGAGAUCAUUGGUUAUGAGAUGGAGACUAAAACGGGUUUGUUUUAUAGCAGAUAUUGAGAAAAUGUAUCGGCAGAUAUUGGUUACCAAACCGGAUGCAGAUUACCAACGAAUUUUGUGGAGAAUUGAUCCAAAUCUUAAAGUCAAAGAUUUCAGAUUGCUUUGGGUAACAUUUGGAACUGCUUCGGCUCCGUUCCUUGCUGUAAGAACUCUACAACAAGUUGCAGAAGAUGAAGGCAAAGGUUUCCCUGAAGCAACUAGAAUGAUUAUGGAAGACUUCUGGAUGGAUGACUUAUUAUCUGGUAACGAUACAGUAAGUGGAGCCAUUGAAUCAGCAAGAAAUGUUAAUGACAUCUUGAAUCGUGGCGGUUUCAAAUUACAAAAAUGGUCUUCUAAUAGUAUUGAAUUUAUGAAAAAUAUUUCACCUACAGAAAGAAGUACAUUGAUAAAUGUGGAUAUGAACCUGGGAGGAACUGUUAGAACGUUGGGGUUAUCAUGGAAUAUAGGAGAUGAUGUGCUACAGUAUAAUCUUAAUUUGCCAGAAGUGCCACUUACCAUCACUAAGAGAAGUAUAGUUACCUGGAAAACUAAUAAUACAAAGACUAUGGUUGAAAAGACUUACCUUUUUUUUUUUUUUUUUUUCGGGUAGAGGGCCGAACCUCCUACGAGGUCCCCGCGCAAAAGGGGCGCGCGGGGUAUGUGAGACUCAGCGAUCUGCAUGGUGUUGUGAGCAGACCGCGGGCCCAAGGAUUUUAGGACCCACCCACUAAACGACUCCCCUGCACUCUUACAGCCGACGUCCGAUCCCCUCCGAGGUCAGAACCCGGAUGAGGUAGGGGAGCUACCGCGGUCAACACUACAACCAGACGGCGCGGCUCACCCCAAGGACGCCCAGCCGACGGAGCCUUCGAGGCGAAUCGAAGGCUCUGAAACGUCGGCCGUCUCGGUACGGCAGCCCGUCGGGCCGCCCAGACGGUGCCGCUGGUGUCCCGCUGGACCAGAACCAGCCUGCCGGGUCGGGACGCGAUACACCGUCAACCGGUCGCUCUAUUCACUCCACGGCAGCGCGCUAGAGUGCUGGUAGCGCGCCGCGCGGCCUCACCCCCUCAGGUCGCCCCUUGACCUUCACCGGGGGGAGGCCGCUACCUACAGGGGCCGGGACAUACGGGCGUAUUCCCGCCUCCGGCCCCCGGCUCGACGGCGACGGAUCGGUGCGGAAAGGGAAGAGCUCUCCCUCUCUCGCUCCGCCGCCUCCUCCUGCGAGAUGGUGGACUCGCAGAAGUCGAGCAUCGCCUUCCAGGACGCGUCGCUGCCGAGCAUCGUAGCCACGACGCGCGGCAGCGGGAGGUCCUCUCCUAUGACCGCGACGAGGGCGGCGCGUUGCUCAUCGAAUCCAGAGCAACGCGCCAGCGUGUGUUCCGCUGUGUCUUCCUCGUCGCGGUCCGCGCAGUGGUGGCACUGCGCCAUCGGUUCCCUUCCGGCUAUCUUAUGCAAGUACCGGCCGAAACAUCCGUGGCCGGUAAGCAUUUGCGUCAGCCGGAAGGUGAGGCAUCCGCGGUCGCGGCCCACCCAGUCCGCGAGAACCGGGCGGACCGCCUCGACGGUACGGAGGCCGGCCGACGGGUCCGCCAAGCGGCGAGACCACGCCUCCAGCACGGACCGCCGAGAUUGGAGCCUCCGCGCUCGAACUACUCCUUCGCCGGGGCGCCCUUCCCCCCUAGAGCGAAGGUCGCUACGCCACCGGUAAUCGGCAGCGAGCGCCUCCGCCUCCAGGUCCCAGGGUGGCGCCCCGGCGAGCAAGCACGCCGCCUCGAAGGAGACGGUGCGGUAUCCUCGGAUCGCCCUGACCGCGAUCGCGCGCUGCGGACGUCGCAGCGCCGCGACGUUCUUGCGGGUCAGGGCGUGGCACCAUACGGGAGCCCCGUACAGUGCCAUCGACCGCACCACCCCCAUGUGAAAAGACUUACCUGGGAUGAAGUAGACUCUGAAACUAAAAGAGAUUUAAAGGAAAUUAAAAUACCACGCUGGUUACUUAUUACUAGUGAUGUCAUAGAAGAUGUGUCAAUACAUGGAUUUUGUGAUGCAUCAACAAUUGCAUAUGGAGCAGUUGCUUAUCUGAGAGUCAAAACUUACAAUAAUGAAUAUAAAACUAUGCUGAUAGCAGCGAAGACUAGAGUCGCACCUGUUAAAACAGUCUCACUGCCCCGUUUGGAACUGUGCGGUGCAGUGUUAUUAUCAAAGCUCUUGAAACACAUUAGUCGUGCUACACGGAUACCAAGGAAACAAAUCUUUGCUUGGACAGAUUCUACCAUAGUACUAUCAUGGCUUACUGGAGACCCGACAAGAUGGCAAACAUUUGUGAGAAAUCGUGUAGUAACAGUGCUUGACAAUAUUAGAAAUGCAUGGUAUCAUGUACAGUCUCAAGACAACCCUGCAGACAUAGCAUCAAGAGGAAUGCUUCUUUCUGAUCUCAAAGAAUUUAGUUUAUGGUGGAACGGCCCUAAAUGGCUCACCCAUGAAGAAAUAUUGAUGUCUCGUGGAGAUAAUAUUUCUACUGACCUAGAGUUGAGAAGAACAAAGAAAGAAUUAGCUAAAAUGUGGCAAGAAGCAAAAUUAAGUAUACCUGAAGAUUUAAUAAACAUUUUAGCUGAAGAUGGAACCCAUUGGCACUUUAACCCACCUUAUAGCCCAAAUUUUGGAGGUUUAUGGGAAGCUGGGGUGAAAUCUAUAAAAAAUUAAUUAAGAAGAAUUCUUGAUAGAACACUUACCUUUGGAGAGAUGUCCACCACACUGUGCCAGAUUGAAGCCUGCUUAAACUCACGACCACUAUGUCCAAUAGAUCAUAAUGAUAUUGACAAUUUAAAUGUACUUACUCCUGGACACUUCCUCAUUGGAGAAGCUUCAAUCAAUGUACCUGAACCAGGUCUUAGCCAAGUGAAUGUAAACAGACUGUCUAGAUGGCAACAUACUCAGAGGAUACUUCAAAACUUUUGGCAUAAAUGGAAGACGGAAUAUCUCACACGUUUACAACAAAGACCUAAAUGGUUAACUUUAAAGGAGGAGUUUAAAAUUGGAGAAGUGGUUCUGAUUAAGGAAGAUCACCUUCCUCCGGGUAAAUGGGCCUUAGGUCGCAUAGUUGAAAAAUAUCCUGGCUCUGAUAACAUCUGUAGAGUUUAUAGCUUAAAAUGUUGUGGUAAAUUGAUUAAGAGAACUAUUAGUAGACUGUGUAAAUUGCCAUUUAAUGAAUGACUUUCAUUAAACUUAAAAUUUGGUUACUUUAUAAACUUUAUUGUUUUUUUUUUACUAAAUUAAAUUUAAGUAAAUCUAUAAAUAUAUUUACAAAUAGUUAACAUUUAAUUGGCAAUAAUAGUUAAAGGAUUGGUAAAGAAGGAUGUUUUAAAAAGUAUAUAUUUAUUCAUGUAAAGUUAAUGAUACAUUAAGAAUGACCUAAUGUUCAUAAAAUUCACCUAUUUAUUAUAGGUUGUUUUGUACUUUCUGAUUUGUAUUUUAAAAUCUGAUUUAUGUUUGACAUUGUAAAUUCUAGUAAUUUGUUUGGUUAAACUCUUGGAGCUUAUCAGAAUGAAAAUUUACAAUUUUUCUAUGAUUUACUGUAUGUUUCUCAAAAACUUCGUUUUGGGGGGCGGUAUGUUGAGUUGGGUAAUCUAUGUUAUAGGUAUAAUCUGUGUCAUUGCAUUUAUCCCUCCAUUACUGCUGCUCCUGAAAUCUUGUUUUUUUUUUUUUUACAAACUACUUACAUGAGAUGAAAAGGGCGGGAACGUCAAAAUAAAUAGGCGCUUUUUUCAAGUUAAUUUUAAUUUAUUUGGUUUUAGCCCUUUUUUACGACAUUGUUUCCUAAUUUUUCACUGUGUUUGAGUUUAAAAUUAUAUUUCAUAAGUGUGUUCCGUAAUAAUGGACGAUGACGACGGGGGUGAGGGCUUCAGCUCCGCCCCUGUGUCCGCUCCCAUAAUAAUGGGAAAAAGAAGAAUGAAGUCAUCUGAAUACGACGAAAGCCGCAAAAUAAAAAUGACUUUCAUUAAAAAUAAGCGCGGUCUUUUUAAAGACCACCAUGCUCUUUACGAAGACCUUACAAAAAAAGAAUACCCAGUGCUUCUUCAAUCAAGCAUCUCACAACCAAAUAACAGAGUCCCAAUGGACCUGUUAAGAACCAACAAAGCAUUAAAAAAUAUUCAAGGGGUCCAGUAUGUCAAAGCUGCUGGGAACUUUUUUGCUAAAAUUUACUUUGGCUGUGCUCGGGAUGCCAACGCUUUUUUAUUAAAUGUAAGUUUUAUGGAGUUAAACAAUUGGACAGCAAAAAUACCUUACGAUAGCAUUGAGAGUCAAGGAAUUAUUCGAGCUCCUGUGGAAUUGAACGAAGAAUCUCUUUUAGUAAAUUUAAAAGCUUCAUGCACAAUACUCGGAGUAAAAAGAUUUUUCAAAAAACAAGAGAAUGGAAGUGACAAGCCACUGCCAACUGUGCUGGUUACAUUUUUGGCGUCUAGCCAUCCUGAUCACGUCACAUACGAGCAUAUUUGGAUGCCUGUUUCGGAUUAUAUUAGACCUGUGUUACAGUGCUUCAAAUGCUACAAAUUCGGACAUGGAAGUGGUGCCUGUAAAGCCACUCAAGUUUGCUCUAUUUGUUCAGGCAAUCAUUUUUAUAAGGAGUGCAGCACUCCCAACAUCUUCAAGUGCUCCAACUGCAGUGGGCCAGCAGUGGGCCACAUUCUGCAGUUUCUUACUCUUCCUCAGUAAAGGCAGCCAAGGUUGCUGAAGUAAAAAAUAAGAUCAUCGGCAAGCAAACAUCAUAUGCAGCCAUACUAAAGACUCCUGUUAUUAAGAACCCCGUGACCUCUUCUGACAUACCUAUAUCUGCGAAGACCCCUCAAGGUAGGGCUUUAAUUUCAGACAUUAUCAAUUCAGAAAUUGUCAUCAGAACCAUUACAAAAACUUUAAUAGAAUUGUUAAAGAAAAAGGAUUCUAAAUCCCCUUCUGGACCUAUAUCUACUCAAUUAAUUAAAGAAAUGCUAGUAACGAAUUUUACAUCAUAAAUUAUGGAUAGUUCUACUCAAUCUUAUAUGCAUAAUUCUGUUGGUCAGUUUAAUAUCAUUCAUUGGAACUCUAGAAGUUUAUUUCCUAAAUUAGAUCAACUUAAAGAUUUCCUCAGUAAACUUGACAAGUGUGUUGAUAUGAUUUUAUUCAAUGAAACCUGGUUAACUUCACAUAAAAUCAUCAAAUUACCUGGAUUUAAUGUUAUAAGAAGAGAUUCCAACCACCCACAUGGUGGGGUUGCUAUUGCAUUACGCUCUAAGUAUAAAUUUAAAAUAAUAGACACAAUUUCUCAAUAUCAUUUUCAAAAUAUUUUAAUUACAGUUUACAUUAAUAAUUUUUCUUUUGACAUUCUAUGUGUUUACAUUCCUCCACCACCAAAUGGUAAGUUCACUAUUAAUUUAUUGAAAGAUUCAUGUUCUAAAUUUGUUUCAAAUAAUUAUUUAAUAAUUGGUGACUUCAAUGCACAUCAUGCUUCCUGGAGUUCAAGAGUCAAUGAUAGAAGAGGUAAAGCCCUUCAUGAUUAUGUGGAAAGUUCUGAGUUAGUUUGUUUAAAUGAUGACACAAUCACAACCUUUGCUCCAUUUGGUCAACAAGGAAAUGUAUUGGAUCUAGUAUUCGCUUCCCCUGCUCUUAGCUCUAGUUGCACAGUUUCUGUCCUUGAUGAUUUGCUCAGUAGUAAUCAUUUCCCACUACUUAUUGAAGUCUUUAACGAUGCUUUUCUUCCUUCCCAUCCUUCCUUUGGCCCGACCACCUCUUCAAUAAAUCAAGUUGAUACACUAGAUAAUACCUCUUUAGCUAACAUAAAUUUUAAUAAGUUUGACUGGUCAAAAUUUAAUAAGUUAUGUGAAAGUGAGUUUUCAAGUUUUAGCUUCGCUGAUAACCCUCUUGAAAAUUAUAAUAUGUUUUUGAGUAUUUUACAUGACAUAUUAAUGACUUUUGACAAAAAGUGUUACUCGCACAAAAAACGGAAUUGUUCCAAAGCUGUUCCUUGGUGGAAUGCUGAUUGUGACCGCGUAGUUUUACAAGCCAAAGUUGCUUUAUUAUCGUACAAGCAUUAUCCAAAUAUGGAAAACUAUAUUAUUUUCAAAAAGCUGGACGCUUUGAAGAAAAGAACUUUAUAUGAAAUAAAACGUUCAAGCUGGAUGAAUCUUUGCUCAUCAUUCAAUCGAAUGACUUCGAGUAAAAUUAUUUGGGAUCACAUUCGUAGAUUUAAACACGCUAAACUCAAUCAUAUUUCUUCGUCUUCAAGUUUUUUUCAAAAUCCCGCUAAUGCAUCUUUGUUUUUGAACUCGAUAACUGGUUCUGAGAAUGAAAUUUCUGAAUCUAAGUUACAAGAUUUUUUUAACAGCCACGGACAACCGGAGGCUCAAUGGAUGGUAGACCCAUUCUCUAUGGGCGAAUUUGCGACUGCGUUAGAAAAUAAAAAGGAAACCUCCCCUGGUCCUGAUUUCAUCCCUUAUAAAGUAAUCAAAAAUCUUCCCCAGUAUGCUAAGGAAAUUUUAUGGCAAAUAUUUUAUGAUCUUUGGCAAAACAACUGUAUUCCUCCGAUUUGGAAAACUCAACAUGUAGUACCGAUUUUAAAGCUUUACAAGGAUCCCAACUGUAUCAAUUCUCACAGACCCAUUUCUUUAACUUCUUGUUUUUCGAAAAUUUUCGAAACUAUGUUAAAAAACAGGUUAGAGUGGUUUACUGAAAAUAACAACUUAAUACCAAGUACUCAAUACGGAUUUCGUAAAGGUAAAAGUACGAUAGAUAACUUAAGCUGUUUGAUUGGCGAUAUUAAAAAUAACUUCCAUAAUAAUCAAUUUACAUUAGCGGUAUUUUUAGAUGUUAAAGGGGCUUUUGAUAAUAUAGAUCAUUCCUACCUUAUUGAAAGUCUACAUUCUUUAGGCUUUCCAGGACAUGUUCUGUUCUGGCUGUACAAUUUUCUGAACAAGCGCUCUUUGUUUUUGAAAAUUAAAUCUAGUUUAUUUGGUCCUAAAAAUUAUACUAAAGGUACUCCUCAAGGUUGCGUUUUAUCACCUCUCAUAUUCAUACUUAGUUUAGUACGUUUCAUAAAGAAAAUUCCAAAUUCUGUUAAACAUUUAUUUUUUGCUGACGAUCUUGUUCUCUAUGUAAACUGUAAUGAUAUUAAAAGUGGUGAAUCGGUUAUGAAUAGUUGUUUGCGUAAUAUUUACGAUUUACUUACUAAUUCCCUAAAGCAUGAGGUCAAUAUUUCCAAAAGUUCUGCAAUUUUAUUUUCCCAAAAUGGAUUGCAUUACCCUAAAGUUUUAUACAAUUAUGAUAUUAUUCCUGCUCAAUCUUUCGUAAAAUAUGUUGGUCUUUCUCUAGAUUUUGAUCUUUCGUGGAAAACUCAUAUUGAUGUUAUUUGUAAAAGAGCUGAAUUAGGUUUGAAUAUAUUAAAAUCGCUAACUGGAGUAAAAUGGGGAGCUGAUCCCAAAGUUUUAAAAACUAUUUACAUUGCAACAAUCCGAAGCCAUUUCGAUUAUGGCAGUAUGUUCUUUUCGGACGCGAAUUUUUCUAUUCUUAGGAAAUUAGAUAUUGUGCAAAAUAGAGCAUUACGAAUAAUUACUGGUGCUAUGAUGUCGUCUCCAAUUAAUUCCUUGGAAGUUGAGGCUGGUAUUGUUCCUCUAUUCAUACGAAGAAGUUUUAUAAUAGAUAAUUAUUGCCUUAAGCUUAUUUAUUAGCCGUGAUAAUCAAGUAACUUACAGGUAUUUGAAGUAUGCAAAUAUUCCAAAUUAUAAUUUAAUUCCGCUUCCUAAUUCUUCAUCCAUAUCCAGUGCCAUAACGUACUUGAAUUUUGAAUUUCAGGAUGUGGUAUUUUGGUCUACCCUAUUGCCUUGUUUCGAAUAUAACUUUCAUGACAUGUUGAGAGAUGUGGCUGUUGAUCUAAUCAAGUUUAAAUCUAAAAAUGAUUUUCUGGAGUUCCUUGAAGAUAAGACUGAUUUUGUUAAAGUGUAUACAGAUGGCUCUAAAACUAAAGAUAGAACUAGUUUUGCAUUUUUUGAUUCGUCCAUGAACAUAGGAUCAGUUUAUAAAUGUAGCAAUUUUUUCUCUGUUUUUUCGGCUGAAGUACUAGGCAUUAUAUAUGCUUUAGAGCACAUUCGAGUAAAUUACUCUGCAGGGGACAAAAUUUUAAUUCUAUCUGAUUCAAUGAGCGCCUUGCAAGCUCUUAAAAAUAAAUGUAUUAGUGCAUCUGUAAAUUAUUUAAUUUAUAAGUUAAGAAGUUGUUUGAGUUUUUUGUAUUUCAGAAAUAUAUUUAAUGAAUUUUGCUGGGUGCCAGGUCACUCUGGAAUUGUGGGUAAUGAAUUUGUUGAUAAGUUAGCGAAAUCUACAAAAGAUAUAAAUAUUUCCGAUUUUAAAGUUCCGUACUCAGAUUUAGUUUAUUCAAUUAAACAAAAUAUGAUGAAACGUUGGUCUAAUUACUUGUCUAAGUCCAGAGAAACGAAAGGUAAAUGGUUAGCUGAAAUAGUCCCAGUACCUAGUACUAAAUCUUGGUUUGAUAAUUUUAGAUUCUUCCCGGGAAGAGCCUUUAUAUCGAUUAUUUGUAGAUUACGUAUAGGCCACGGCCAUUUUCCUGCGCAUCUUUUUAGAUUAAAGUUAAGUGAAUCAGCUGCAUGUACUUAUUGUAACUCUGGCAUGUGUGAUCUAGAUCAUAUUUUUUUAAUUGUCCUGAAUUCAAUCAACAGAGAUUAUUGUUUAAUGCAUUAUGUAAAGACACAGGCUUAAAAUCUAUUCCUAAUUCCAUUCAAGGUAUUUUAAAGCUUCCACAACUAUUCUCAAUAGUGUAUAAUUUUGUACUUCACACUAUAGGACGACUAUGAAUGUGUCAUAGGUCUCCUGCUUAUGUGCAAGUUUAAUUAUUUUUUUAUAACGACUCAUAUUCUUUUUUUGUUGAAAGCUAAUAUACCUAAUCUACCCAAUCUUAUAAUAAUAGUACUAAUUGUAGUUAUCAAUAAGAAACUAGAUAAUGAGCUAAUUAAUGAUAUAUAAAAUGAGCUAUCAUGUACAAUAGAGGACAUUAUAUCAGUCAUUGUUUCAGCCUUGAUUGAUUUCAUGUUAGUUAGCUCUCCUUUAUAUUCAUAUUCAAAAGAUAAAUCAAUAGUUUGGUUUAAGAGUGGUACAAAAAUUCUACAAUAUUUGUUCUUUGAUAUCUGUGUAAUUUCAUACAUUUCUAGAUUACAAGAUAGUAAAGGUUUAUUAAAAGUGCAAUUUGACUCAUAAAAUACAUUGUGUGAAGAUAAUACUGCAAUAGGUUGUUCAAGGCAAUAUGUGCAAGCAUAAGUCAUAACUAUAUCUAUAUUACAAUGAGGUUUCUUAACUAUUAACUCUUUAAGAUCUACAUUACCAAAAGCAAUAUUAACAUUCCCACUAACUCUAUGUUUAGUGUUAAUCCAGUUAUCUCCAUAUAUUGAUAAAGUCUCAAUAUUAGAUCUAUCCAUUGUAUAUAUACCCUUAGGUAGCAAUCUACCUAUAGAAGGUUCAUUUAAUAAGCACUUAACAACACAGCUAUCUACACUACAAUCUAUAUUAUUAGUAUAAAAAAUGAUAUCUUUUCCAUCUUUGGAUAUUUGAAGAUCACCAAUCAUAUUUUUGAUAGGCAUAUUAUGUGAACUAGCAUCAAUAUUAUAGAAAUGAUUAUCAUAUUCAAUUAUAUUCUUCCUCAGUAUGGGUACCUCAUAAGAGAUACCAGUUACAUAUAUAGGCAUAUGACUGAACUCCUUGUUUAUAAUAUCAUUGAGGUCAUAUUUAGGGUUGUUAGUAUUCAUAAUAAUAGUCUUAGAAAUAUUUUUAUACUUUAGAGUUAUAGUAACCAUCCAUAAUUGUGAUACAAUAUUAUAAACCUUAGCCAAUUUAUUUAUAUUAGGACUAACUUCCCAUCUAUACCAUACACAUGAUGUACCAUGAGUACAAAAACCAUUGCAAGAUACACUAGUCAUGUGACAACUUUAUGAGGCUAAUUGAUGCGCCACUGUGUAUGAAUAGCUUAAACGGAACAGAGGAUAGAGUCGUUUUUGUUUCUAUGAAUGGUAGGUGUUGUUUUGCGGGAUUAGUAGAAAUAUUGUAUGUUUUGAGCUGUUGGGAUUCUUUGCGGACUUUGGAUUUUGCGGAAUGGAUUCAGUGCUCUGCUUUGAAUUUGAUUGUUUAGAUUUAGGAGAUACGGUGGAUACAGCGAGUUUAUAAUUGAUUCAACGAAUCGGAUACAGAGGAUACAGCGAGUUUGUUUUGAUUCAGCGAAUCGGAUACAGAGGAUACAGCGAGUUUGUUUUGAUUCAGCGAGUUAGAUACAGAUUAUACAGCGAGUGUGUUUUGAUUCAUCGGGAUUGUUUUUGAAUAUUUGGUGUCGAUUUGGUUUGUCACGAGAGAGUGUCUUGAUGCUGGACUCUCGUGACACCGGCGGGUGGGUGUCCAUUAUGCGUUUAAAUUUUCUUGUUUUGGAAUUUCAUUAUAGUCUACCGUGUUGUAUCUGUUUUGCUCAGUAAUAAGAUUAACCUUUUUAAAUUGGUUAGGUGCUUGUGAAGAGGUGGAAGGACCGGGAAUAGAUUAGUUUUUGAAUUUGUUAUUGUACUCUCUCUUUCUACAGUUCUCGAUCGUGUGACCCGGAUUUUUGCAAUAGCGACACACUAGAUUGGAGUUAGUAUUUUGUGAAUUAUAACGCUGAAUCUGAGGGUUGUUGUAUUGAUUACGGUUUUCGCGGGGCAUGUUAGGAUUAUUUGUUAUUAUUCUUCGUGGGCGUACGUGAUCUAUAGGCGCGUUGCGUCUAUACAGAGUUUGUUGAAUUUUCUCUUCGGAUAUAGCAAAGUUAAUCGCUUCGUUUCACAUACGGGGUAACUUACACCUAAUAAUGUUUGAUAUUCUCGGGUGUAGUUCCACUAGAAAGUGGUGGAGAGCUAAUUCCUACAUCAUUGCGACGCGACCGUGAAUUUCUUUAUUUUUAGUAGUGUUAAGCGAGAUUUCCGUGAGAAGUUGGGGAUAAAAGAGUUUAAAUUUUGAGCGCAUAUUGACUAGUAUUUUCAAUAUUUUCGUUUGCCUGUUGUUUGCUUUCCUGUAGUUCUGUUACUAAGUAGGAGUAAUACUUCCGUUCACUAAAUUGUGUUUUUAGAAAUGUUUUUAGUUGAUCGGAGUUAUUAAACUCCUUAAUGGAGCAAGCGAUUUCAGCUCGACCUUGCAGCUUACAUAGAAUGUAUUUGAAAACAAUCGGUUUUUUAAUUUUGUUCGCGAGCUCGUAGGCGUUGUUGCAAUUUAUUAGAAAUGAAUUAAGAGUUUCCUUACUCCCAUCGUAUGGCUUAAUAAAAUUUAAAAGUACACUUAGAUCUAAUUGCAUAUGUGAGGAUUUUUUGUUUUUAUAUUUAAUGAUUUCAACAUGGACCACCGGUUCCAGAAUGUCGACGGUUUUAAUGUUUUCAAUAAUUCCUCGAAAUAAACAAGAAAUACAUUUUCUGUGAGAUCCUGAAUUUUAUUUUCUCUUCUCCAUUUCAUGAAAUUUUCAUAACAAAUCCGAUACUUUAAAAUAGAUUUUUUUUGCACUACAUUUCGUGUAAUGUUUUGUGCUUCUGCAUCAACAUCUCUUGACUCGUCAUCACUACUACUCAUUGAAUAAGAACUGUCUGAUGAACUCAUCUUUGUUAUUAAGCUUAACUAAGUAUUAAUUUCACUAUUAAAUUUUAUUGCCUUUUGUUUAUUUCACUUUUACACUAAACACAAUAUUCCAAAUUACCCGAGAACAACAAUGGCAGAGAAGUUUAGGUGUGUGAGAGCCGAUGAGGACACUAACGCGCAUGCGCACUAACCCAGGGACAAAAUGUUACACUUUCUUCCCUGUACAGCGGGACGAAAACCGAACUUUAGCCGUGAAGGUGAAGGGGCGAUCUGAGGGGGUAGAGGCCGCGCGGCGCGCUACCAGCACUCUAGCGCGCUGCCGUGGAGUAAAUAGAGUGACCGGUUGACGGUGUAUCGCGUCCCGACCCGGCAGGCUGGUUCUGGUCCAGCGGGGUAUUCCGGGACACCAGCGGCACCGUCUGGGCGGCCUGACGGGCUGCCGUACAGGGACCUCAUAGGAGGUUCGGCCCUCUACCCGAAAAAAAAAAGUAAUAAAUGCUUUACAAUUAAUUUGUUUUAUUGCUUGAUUCUCUAAGAAACAGUUUGCAUCUGCAUAGUUAGUGAAAGCUAAAACUAAUCUAUUUCUAUGUAUUUUUUUCAAGCUUCCAUUAACUAUGUUUUUAGUGGAUUUAUUUUUUAGGAAGCGGCCACAAGAAAUUGGAUUGAUAGAAACAUUGUUACUUGGACUUGAUUGUAUCUUUUGGAUGUGAAUGCUGUAAGGAGCUGAAUCACAUGCUUUAUAUAAUUUCCUACCGACUGGUGUGCGAGGUUCAGUUAGACUGGUAUCAGUAACAUCAAUCCGCUUGGGUUGCGGCGCUGGGAUGGGAGCUAAUUGAAGUGUCUUAAAGACCGUUGACGACUCUUUCUUCGUAACAUUUUCACAGUGGCAGUCACUUGCACAAACAACGUCGGAGUGCAAUUUUUGACGUCUCUUUCUAUGACAAUGCGUACAAAUCUUACGAGGUAAGGCUCUUUUUCGUUUAGUACUAUCUAUCUUUAGUGGUAUCUAUAGGUCAUCAAAGAAUUCAAAAUUAUCAACAUCCUCUCGCUCAUCCUUUAUCAACAGAGAUUAAUUUAGACACGGCCAAUUCUACUUUUGUAAUUUCCUCAGGAGUCAUACUUUGUCUUAAUUUCUCUUUUAAUAAUAUCAUAGUAGAAGCCAAAUAUUUAUUUAAUGGUGUUUUUAAACAAGGUAUAGUUAAUAAGAAGGAAGGAUCUAUAGCCGUAACAAUCUCAAAAGCUUCUUGAUUUGCCUUCUCAAAUUUUACUUCUUCUGAAUUGCUCUGUUUAUUUGUUCUAUUAGAUCUACUUAUAUAGCAGAAUACGUUUCUAGGAGUUGAGUCAUCACUAGCUAUUAAUAAUCCUACAUCUUUUUGAAAUAAUAAUUGUUCUUCAGGAGGUUCAGAAAAUGAAUUUUUAUUAUUCUACUGAAAUAUUUCCUAUCUAAAUCUGUACUUGUGUUCUUAAAUCUAAUGGUGGCCUCAUCACAAGCUAAAUUUUCAGGAACCCAUGGAUUUUUUCCUCCAUCCGUUAGAAAUAUAACAUUUUCUCCAAUAUUUUUCCUCUCUGCUUCUCCAUAUUUAACUUUUAUAUUCCAUAAUAUUCUUACAUUGUCUACUCUUACUGCUAUUCUAGUUAUAGCUCCUAAAACAUUUAUAAUUCUUAUUAAUUGGAGAGUAUUUGAAACUACAUAAUUAAAAUCAUCUUGGGGAUUUUUUCCUCCAGGCUUCAAAGAGCUAGUCUCUACCCCAUAUUGCUUCACAAAACCCUUGUCCUGAUAUCAGCUUGUAUAUUCACCGAAGGAUUCUGGAAAAAGAAUAGUUUUUUCUUUACUCGGAUUUAUCCCAAACAAUCUGUAUGCACUAUAUGUUACACCAAUUAAAGUUGCCAAUUGGGGAAUUUCAGAUGCACAAAUAUGGUCAUAAAAUCAUCACUCGACCUUAAGCUCCUUAUGAUGGUGUUUGGUAAAUCGAUUCCAGCAAUUGCAACUAAGCCCAUAGUAGUUGAACCUGCAUUGAGCAUCCCCAUUAAGAAACCUGGAGAAGCUGGUAUAUAAUCAUCCUUAUCUAUUUUAGUUACUAUUUCUUUGUACCAUUCCUGGUUGUGUUCAUUCAACAUAGUCAAUUUAGUGUCAUGCCAAGGUAAGCGAGUAUAGAAGGAUUCGUUUUCUAAAAUAAAUCUAACUCCUAAAUGUAUUCUUUUAAUCAAGAGAUAAUUAAACCCAACGCUGCAAAUUUUCUUGAAUACAAUUUGUUCACAUGUUACUACUGGAGGUAAAUUGUUUUUUAGUCUUAUUUCUUCAUCAAACAAACAAGAGCGACCGUUUGGCGGUGUAUCGCGUCCCGACCCGGCAGGCUGGUUCUGGUCCAGCGGGGUAUUCCGGGACACCAGCGGCACCGUCUGGGCGGCCCGACGGGCUGCCGUACCGAGACGGCCGACGUUUCAGAGCCUUCGAUUCGCCUCGAAGGCUCCGUCGGCUGGGCGUCCUUGGGGUGAGCCGCGCCGUCUGGUUGUAGUGUUGACCGCGGUAGCCCCCCUACCUCAUCCGGAUUCUGACCUCGGAGGGGAUCGGACGUCGGGUGUAAGAGUGCAGGGGAGUCGUUUAGUGGGUGGGCCCUAAAAUCCUUGGGCCCGCGGUCUGCUCACAACACCAUGCAGAUCGUUGAGUCUCACAUACCCCGCGCGCCCCUUUUGCGCGGGGACCUCGUAGGAGGUUCGGCCCUCUACCCGAAAAAAAAAAAAAAAAAGUUUGCCGAGAGUCAAUAGCUCUCUAGUGAGAACUUGAUGGUCAACAUUAUUAAACGCUCCAACAAUAUCAAGAAAAACACAGACAAGGAAUUUUUUAUAUGCAAAUGAACUAUGAAUAUCUAAGUAAAUAUUAUUCAUACUUUCAGCAGCAGAAAAACCUCUAUGGAAGCCAAAUUGAUUUGAAGAUGAUCGAUAAUGGCGUUUGUCUAUUGAGUAACUCACAAAAAGCUGUCCAAGAAGAUUCUCUUUCUUUACUAAGUAAUAGCUGAACAAGAUGAACAGACCAGUUGCAACGAAGUGAUGGUGAUGAUGAAACAAUUGUGAGAUCUAAUGCAUUGGGACGCCAUCUGUGGGAACCCACAGUGGUGGCUUGUGCCAAUAACAAGGGCUUUGGAAGAGUAUCGAUCAAAUUAUUUAUAUGUGUAUAAGUAAAAUUUUGUGAGGCAGCUGAAGUAGGACUAUAGAAGUUAACAAUAGAGAUUUCUUCAUUGUUGAACUGUAAUCUAAUAGCUAUGUUCUGCAAAGAAUCGUCAUGUAAUGUAUUUAAUCUAAUAUAAUUCAAAUUAUUUUUUAUAAGUAUAGUAACACCAUUAUGGUUGCUACCAAUAUCUAAUCUUUCUAUUAUGUAACCUUUGAUAUAAAUUUUUUUUCGGGUUUUAACCAUGUUUCAGAAAUUAAAGCAAUAUGUAUAUCAUUAUUUUAAAGGAAAUAUGUAAAAGCAUGUUUAUUACUAGAUAGACUUUGAACAUUCCACUGAAUUAUAUUCAAGUCCAUAAAAAAAAUUAAGUAGUUUCAUCUUUAUUUCUGUUUUUGUUUGUACUGAAAGUAUCUAAUAGAAUGCUUUUGAUGCCUGCAGAAGUAACAUGCAUUUCGUCAGACUUGUUGAAAGAUAUUAUUUUGAUAAUAGAAGAAAUAAGUAAGUUUACAAAGUCAUCGCACUGUAGGAGGUUUUUAUAUUAUCAGUUAGUUUAGACUUGUUUAAUGUUGGAAAAGACUUCUCAUUGAAUAAAUCGGCGUAUGCAACUUU